UGUUUCGUUCGUUAUAAUGUGUGCGUUCAAGUGAAAAUAUUUAAAACAUGACCAGUGCAGCGAGUACCGUAUUAUUCUGUAUAUUUACCGUGGUAAAGCAGUCAGGCGCUGCACCGAGACACCUAAAGCGGCGCUGCUGAUGUUCUGCAUCUCUUCCGCGUUGGCGCGCGUGCAGGUGCCGUGUGUGUUUCUCCACGUCAAUAAGCGGAGGAUCCGUAAGCUCGAGCUGAUAGUCGAGCACUCACAGCACAGAUAUGUCAUUGCUGGACUCUGAUGACAGCUACGAUCUAGUCUUCAAAAUAGUUCUGGUUGGAGAUGUCGGUGUCGGCAAAACGUGUGUGGUUCAGCGUUUCAAAACCGGUAUAUUCAUGGAAAAACAAGGGAACACGAUCGGCGUGGAUUUUACCAUGAAGACACUGGAAAUACAUGGGAAAAGGGUGAAGUUACAGAUUUGGGAUACAGCCGGACAGGAACGCUUUCGCACAAUCACACAGAGUUACUACCGCAGCGCCAACGGUGCCAUCAUCACUUAUGACAUCACAAAGAAGGCCACUUUUAUGUCUGUGCCAAAGUGGAUGGAGGAUGUGAAGAAAUACGGUGGUUCCAACAUUGUUCCUCUUUUAAUUGGUAAUAAAUCAGACUUGACUGACCAGCGUGAGGUUUCGUUUGCGGAUGCGCAGGCCAUGGCUCAUCAGCUGGACUUUAUUAGUGCCAUCGAGACUUCAGCCAAGGACUCUAAUAAUGUGGAAGAGGCAUUUAUCAAAAUGGCCAGUGAGCUCAUCCUCAGACAUGGCGGGCCCAUGUUCACUGAAAACGUAACGGACAGCUUUAAACUGAACAGCAAGGAUGUGACCAAUGCGGGCUGGGGAUGUGGGUGUUGAUGACUGUGCUUUCAGAAAGCAAUAAAAGCUUCGUUUCUUACCACUCGCUCACUUCUAUAAAUUGAGUUCUGUCAGGCAGACAGGUGCUGCGUUUGAUAGAGGUGGUUUCGAGGCCCACAAAACAGCAUCAUGUGAUUUUCUAAACCUAUAGUUGAACUUAACUGUGAAGAUGUUGGGUGGAGACUAUUUUGAGUGCCAAGGGCAAAAUUCUCACACAUUUCAUAAUUGUAACCACGCAAAAUUUGUGUUAUUUUCUUUAGAUAAAUGAAUUCUAACUAUCAGUUUGUCUGUUCACACUGAACUCAAAACUACUGUGCGACACAAUCACAGCCAAUCAGAACGUGUCCGAUGUUUAAUGUGCAUCAAGACUUUGGACCAAUGAGAUUUCAGAAUGGGCGGGGCUUACAUCUCAGCAGAAGUUUUGUACUGUAGGUUUUGGUUGCUAAUGGACCUUAUUCAGGGAAGAUACUAUAUUUAAUUUAAUGUAAAUGAAACGAGGCUGUGAGGGACAGACACAGGCAGAGUUGCCAAGUUAUCCAGCAGAAUUGGGCUUACUCACCUUCAUGUCGUUCCACACCCGCAAGACCUUCAUUCAUCUUCGGAACACAAGAUAUUUUUGAUGAAAUACAAGAGUUUUUUUUUUUUUUUUUUAUCCCCAAUAGAAAGUGACGUAAUUACCAUCAUUAAAGGUCCAGAAAGCUACUAAAGACAUCGUUAAAACAGUCAUGUGACUGCAGUGGUUCAACCUUAAUGUUAUGAAGAGGCGAGAAUACUUUUUGUGUGCGAAAGCUAAACAAAAAUAACGACUCUAUUCAACAAAUUCUUCUCUACCCUGUCAGUCUUGUACGCAGUUGACGUAGUGAACUCCAUGUUUAUGUCAGAAAGCCGGCUCAGUAUUGGCCAAAGCUGAUCAUGUGAUCAGCACAACGCAAGUCGACGUUCUGACGUAGAACCUGGAAGUGCUGGAUGUAAACAAUGUAUGAGAACGACACAGAAGAGGAUAUUGUUGAAUAAAGUCGUUAUUUUAGUUUUGUUUUUGCGCACAAAAAGUAUUCUCGUCUCUUCAUAACAUUAAGGUUGAACCACUGCAGUCACAUGACUGUUUUAACGAUGUCUUUAGUACCUUUCUGGACCUUGAAAGUGUUGAUUAUAUUGCUGUCUAUAGACGAGUCAUAUACCUCUCAUAUUUCAUCAAAAAUAUCUUAAUUUGUGUUCUGAAGAUGAAUGAAGGUCUUACGGGUGCGGAACGACAUGAGGGUGAGUAAUUAAUGACAGAAAUUUCACAAAUUUUGGCAUACUGCAUAAACUCCAUUUGACUGAAAUGCUUGUAUUGAAAUAUUUUACAUUCUACCAAUGAUUUUUGUGAGCUGAGACUGUUUAUGAUUACUACUAUUGAUUUUCAAGGUGAAAUUGUCUGUAACACAUAAGAGUGACUGUAAAAUAUGUAUUUUAGGUAUAAUAUUUGGAUUGGGUCAAUAGGUUUGUUUUGGGCUAGUUUUGAUUGGUCUUUUGGGCUGGUUUUGUUAUGCAACCCUGGACACAGCACAUAUUUUUGAGAGAUUAUUGACCAUUUGUCUUCUGAGGUAUGCAUCAGUAAACCCCACUGAACUUUUUCUCAUAGCCUCUUUUCCAUUCGGGAUCAAUUCAAUUUGUCUAGCCUGACCAAGAUCUACUGCAACUUUGCUUAAUCUUCCUAAUAGUUCUGUAUCUGUUGCAAAACCUUUUGUAACAAUGUCUCACAAAGUCAUAUUCAUCAAUAUUUCCUGAUUUUAUAGCUACUCAAGUUGCUGAAAUAGACAUUUGCACCAGAAAGGCUGAUAGACGAAUCACAAAUGGAAUUUUGUUAGAGGUUUUUGGGUUUGUGACUUUCCUUUUCAUCAGUAUUGACCAGAAAUUCUCAUUCUCCAUCUCUUUUACUGACCUUUGAAUUCUCAUCAUGCGAUCACCAGCUGCAGCAUCCAUGGUCCAUAAGACAUUUCGCCAAUCUUUCCAUAAAAUGUUAGUAUUUCUAAGUAUACUUAAGUUUUUUAAACAUUCUAGAGUGCAUGUGUCGUCCGCGCAAUUAUAACAAAGUCCCUUUAAGACGAGUCAUUUCACUCGGCGGCCAUCUUUGAAACGUCUCUCGGGCAUGCAAGUGCAGCUCCUAUCUCUUUGAAUGGGGAAACAUCAAAUUCUCCAAAGCUGUUUGCCAAGCUUUCGAUUAAAUAUUAUAUUUGAAAUCACCAAUGAAAUCUGACAACAACUGUCUCAUAAAUUUUGUUUUUAAACGCUCAAAUCAUGACAAAAAACGUAUUUUUCAGGCUGGAUCAGGCUAAUGCGCGUUCACAGUCCUAAUUGCGCGUCUGACUGUUUCUAUAGGAACCGGAGCUUCUAACGGCCGCUGCAGUGACGCGAUGACUUUACCAAUCGGCGAUCGGCUCUUAUUUAGAAGGCGGGACUUAUUCCGCCAUUUUGCGCGUUGCACUUUCUCCCAUUCUAAACAAUACGAGUGACGCUUGUGUUAUUCUAUAUUUGAUUAUACUUUGAAAGGCUACUGUACGCUACGCGCAAAAAAAUUAAGUAUACUUUGGGCUGGAACAUUUUCAUUAAUGUUAUAAAUGUGUGUCCAUCUGCAGUUCUCUUGGGUAAACAGCUGCCAUGAUGGGUGUAUUUAUACUCGAAUUAUGUACUAUUUUGUCUAAAUGUACAUGUUUUUUAUAGACUGGCCAAUUAAAAAAAAAAAAAAAAGACCCUUCUGAACUGACGUUUUAUAUUAGACGUCACAUGGGCAUUGCCAUUUUGUACCCAUUUUGCAUUCAUUUAUACAUACCACAAAGCCUUGUUAAAUUAUAAUGGAGCAUAAUAAACUAAUAUUUUUUUCUGAUAAUGUUGUACUGUUAAAUUUGUGACAAGAUUGCACUGAAUAAUUAGGGAAUAACAUCAGUUGCUGUUUCAUCUCAAGUACGCAUGAAUAACCAGAGCCAUUUUACACGCAACAGCUAAUUUUGUCUGCAAUACUCUCAAGGUGAAGAGCUCACUUUGGUACUUGGUAUAUAGAAUUGAUUUAUAUGACUUGUUUAAUAUAUUUACUGACAAUAAACAUUUACUAUUGAGUGACGCAUAAGUCUUUAAAUCAAGUUUGUGGUGGCAGCCUUUAAGAAUGUAAACUUUAGUUUCACAAAUUUGUAGUUUGGACUAAUUAAUUUGCUCUUUUGUUAUACAGAAUUGUUGCUUAUGUAUAUGAGUGAAUGAAGACAGUAUUUGAAAUACAGUAAUGUCAGAUGUACUUGAAGGUAAAUCAUAUUGCAAGAGAGAAUUUAUAGUGCCUUUUAAACCAGUUUUAAUGUUGCAGUUUGUUUUUAAUGUCAUAUUUCUAUGCAUUUUUUUUUUUUUUUUGUCAAUCAGUUAAAUAUUUUGAGAAACAUGAUCAGUUUGUAUUUGGUGAUAAAUUGUAAUUAUAUUAUUUUAUCAAUAAAGCAUAUCUUGUAAGAUUUCAAGAAUA